GGUCUUCCUCCCAUCUCUUUGUUGAUGACACAUUCUCUCAUCUAAUGAUAUCCAUAAUCCAUAAAUAUAUGACCAAAUCCAUAAUCCACAUGAGUAAAGGUAUGACCAAGUUGAGCAUCAUAUUUAUAUUUCCCCCAAUAAAAAAAGAGCAAGACUUCCAUACCCAUAAAAAUAAAGGUCAAUACCAAACAAUUUUGACAUAAUCUCCCUCUAAAUAGUGGCCAAAACUAGGCUCCAAGAGUCAAAGAAAUCCACCCAAACCAAAGAUUUUAAAAAUAUUGAUGAUGAUUUCAUUAGAUUAGAAAAUCAAGAAUAUGACUAUAAAAUGCCGACAAAAUGAAUCCCGCAGAUCUUCCUACGUAUCCCUUCGAAUCUCUUUCCUUAACUGUCCAUAUCUUCUCAUCAUCACCCUUUAUUUUCUUCCUUCUAAAUAAAAACCCCUCCAAUAACCAUUUCCUCAUUCCCAUUCCCAACUUCCUCUCCAAACACCAUCCCUUUCUUUUCUAAUUCUAAUUCCUUGUUUGGUUGAAUCAAUUAAUAAAAUUAAAUAAUGGAUACCCAAUUUCAUGUUCUUGCUGUUGAUGAUAGUAUUAUUGAUCGAAAAUUAAUUGAAAGGCUUCUUAAAACUUCAUCUUUUCAAGUUACUGCAGUGGAUUCACCAAACAAAGCCUUAGAAUUAUUGGGAUUGAAGGGGAAUCAAGGAGGAAUGGAUGAAUCACUGGUAAACAAAGUGAAUAUGAUCAUAACAGAUUAUUCAAUGCCAGGAAUGACUGGGUAUGAAUUAUUAAGGAAGAUAAAGGAAUCAGAAAGGUUCAGAGAUAUACCAGUUGUGAUUAUGUCUUCUGAAAAUAUUCCUUCAAGAAUUAAUAGGUGUUUGGCUGAUGGAGCAGAGGAAUUCUUUUUGAAACCUGUUCAAAGAUCUGAUGUCGAUAAGCUUAAACCUCAUUUAAUGAAGAGUAAAAUCAAGGAUUUUUGCAAGUUUCAACAACAUAGAAGAUUAUUAACUUGGUAUUCUGAUUCUAACACUUUAUGUCAAAGAUGCAUAUAAAUUGUAUUUCAUGGCUUUGGUUAAUCCAAUUGGUAAUUGGGAAGAAGAAAUAUUGGGAAUAUAAUAUAUUUAUAUUCCAUGGACUUGGAUCCCUCCUUAGGGUUCGGUUCAAGAAGGUACAGAUGUAUGAAAUCCUGUUAAAGCUCGAGUUGAAAUAGUUCCUGGGUUCUGGUAAUUUGAGAUGAAGAUCAAAUUGAUGCAUGAUAAUCACUCCUUGGACUUGGAUCCUGCCUUAGAGUUUGAUUUAAGAAGGCUCGAUGUAUGCAGUCUGAUCUUGUUAAAGCUUGAGUUGAAACAGUUCAUGGAUCCUGGUAAUUUGAGAUGAACAAUCAAAUUGGUAUAUGAUAAUCAAUCCUUGGAUUUGGAUUUAUGACACGAUACGCAAUCUUAUCAAGCUGGAAUUGGAAAAAAAAAUCGUAAAUUUUGGGUUGAUCAAGAAUGAACAUGACAAGAGAUUCAAUUGUUGAAAUUUAUGAUUGUUAAAUGUAAAUGUUCUUAGCUAACCACCAAAACUAGAGAUUCAAAUUUUAUGUACAACAAUAUUCAUUAGAUUUUUAAGAGGAAUUUUGUUUAUAAUCCUCUUUAUAGUUUGAAAUUUGUACAUGUCACACUUAGGUGAAUAAUUUUGAAAUGAACGAGAUAAUUUAAUUUGAAAAUUUGAAAUUAGCUUAAA